UGAAUGCUGUCAACUUUUUUUGUUUUGGUGUGGACCGUUUUAAAUUCAAGUGUCAUCGGCAUUCUCCCACGAAAUAAACGGAAAAUUUUAACCACUGAAAAAAAUGGAAUGUGUUCAAAACUUGCGAUAUAAACAUUUGAACCUGAUGCAUUUAUUAAAAGCGAACAUCGUCGAGUAUAUCAAAAGCGUUUCUAAUACGUAUGAGGAGGAACAACGGAAAUUAAGAUACAAUGAAGACCUGGCCAAAAAAAUCGCCGCAACUGAAGCCCAGGUAGCUUUAGUGGCAGCCGAACAAGCCAAAGCUCAAGAAGAAAAGAAUAGAAUUCUCCAAAAGGAUGUUGAGCUGAAAGCAAAAUUGAAACGGGAGACAACCAAAGCCCAAGAGCUUCAAUCGGCAGUAGACAAGGAACGAGCCAGAAUAGAAGAGCUGGAGAAGCUCUCCAAGAAUACUCAUGACAAGGUGAAUCUGCUUUUGAAACCAUACCAUGAAAUCUUAGGUGUGACCUUUCAGCACUGCUCAGAACCCGAAGUUUGUCUUAGAAUUCUUUUCCACAUGCCAAAUGGCAAGUAUUGUGUCGUUAAACUCACCAAGAACGGAUUCAAAGUAAUCAAAUGUGUGCCGAUGCUAAAAGAGCUGGAUAAAAUGGAGGCGCAUUUAGCAAAAACCAACGAUUUCUCGGGCUUCGUGGUUCACAUGCGAAAUCGGUUCUUGAAAGAAAUCGUCUUAUAACUCUAUUGAAAGCUUUGCAAUUUAAAAAAACCGUAUUUAGCGACUUGUAGUAAUGUAUGAAACGUGUGUAAUAAAUUCAUUAUUUCUUCACAUCA